AUGAAAAAUAAACUUUUUUUUGUAAUAAUGUUAAUUCUGCCUUCUUUACACUACUCAAUGGUUCGAAUAUUAAACCAUGAUCAUUUAUCAAAUUUAAGAUCUCAAACUUCUUCUAUCAUCAAUGUAAUGGUAUUUUCUAGCACAAAUUCUCCACUAAACCAUAAAAAUGAACCAAAACAUGAAUCUAAGUACAAUGAUUCCCAAACAGACAAUUUAAAUAAUAUACUGGAUUCAAUAAAAAGAAGAAUUACAAACAUUACAAAAAUAAAAAAUAAAACAAGUACUAUUUCACCAACUGAAAAACCCAAAGUAAAAUUAAAUAAUCAAUGUUUCCAUCAAGGUGAGCUCUGUGCAUAUUGUAAUUCUAAUUAUUGCAAAUUCGACGAAGAAAACGCCAAACACUGGUGCUUUAAAUAUUGUAAAAGUUGUAAAUGUUGUUAA